AAGCAGAUUUGGUUUCCUGACAGUGGUGUUCUGUUGUGUCAUUUCCAUGUUUUAACAAAAAAUGUAAUGAAAAAGAAGGGCAAAAGGUUCAGAAAGUGUGAAAAAGGAACAAAAUGUCUGAGGACAAGUGGUUUAGAGUACAACACUUAUUGAGAUAACUAUGGACUCUGACGGAGAAAGCAAAGACCGCAUCAGGGACAGGUCCAGGGACCGUCAGCGACGUGACCGUGACCGCGAUCGCGGAAGCCGCUUCUCUGACAAGGUCCGUGACCGCAGCAACGACCGCGGAGGAAGAGGGGAACCACGCAGCAUGAAAUCAUCCUCCAACAGAGUAUUCGUCUCCAACAUACCCUACGAGUACAGAUGGCAAGACAUGAAGGACCUCUUUAGGCAGGAGGUCGGCGAGGUGCAGUUUGUCGAGCUGUUCGUCGACGAGAAUGACAAGCCAAAAGGGAGCGGCAUCGUCGAAUUUGCAGAUGCUGCUUCUGUCAAAAAGUGUUUGGAUCUCAUGCAAAGGUAUGAAGUAAAAGGGCGCAAGCUGGUGAUAAAAGAAGACACAGGGAAUAUGCGAGACAAGCAUGGCAACCUAAGUUCCAGAAGGGGUAGGGAAGACAGGUACCGUGAUGACCACAGAGAUAUUGGCAUGAGGGGCCCAUCAGAUGAGGGAAAAUAUGGCAACACAUAUGGCCUUAGCCCUCAGUUCCUCGAGUCUUUGCACAUUGACUGUCCAUUGAGCAAUCGUGUGUUUGUUGCUAAUUUGGAAUAUAAUGUCGAUAAAAAGAAGCUGAAGGAAAUAUUCCGUCUUGCUGGUCGCGUGAUUCGAGUCGAUAUGCCAUUGGACAAGGACGGUCGCAGCAGAGGUUUCGCAGUGGUCGAGUUCGAUCAUCCGGUGGAGGCCGUACAGGCCAUCUCGAUGUUCCACAAUCAGGUGUUGUACGAUCGCACGAUGGCGGUGCGCAUCGAUAGAGUCAACGAUACCAUGAAACUGCCCGAGGGUCUCAAGUCGAUCGGUAUGGGGCUAGGUCCGAACGGCGAACCGCUCAAAAACGUCGCCCAUAAUUUGCCCUCGUUGAAUAACUCAUCGGGGCAAGUGGGCGGCGCCGGGCUGUUAGGGGCCGUGCCUAACAGUCCCUUGCAGCUGGCUAACGCCCUCUCAGGUAUUGGCGGUGUUGGCCUAGGAAAUAUGACCAAUGCCCAAAUGCUCCAAGCUGCAAAUUUGGGUCUGCUUGGAAAUGGCUUAGGCAGUGAUCUGUCCUCAUUGAGUGGAGGUGGACCACAGUCACUUGGAUAUGGAGGUGUAUCGAGAUCAAAUGCAGAUAUGGGUGGUGCCGGGUUUGGAAGAGGAUUAGGUAAUGGAGCUACACCAUCAGCAAUGGAAACCGCUUAUCCAAACCUGUCUUCAUAUGGUUCCGCAGGCAGAGGAUUUUCACAGUCCGCUGGUGCAGGAUCUUUUGGAGGAGCCUUUGGUGGAUCGGAUAGGCUAGGUUUCCAUAGCAACAGUUUGGGAGGUGGUAGCGAUUCAGAAACGAAGAGCUUUUCAAGAAAAGUGUUGGUUUCAAAUCUCCCGCCUUCUGCAAGUUUCAAAAUGCUUCAUGAGAAGUUCCGAGAGUUUGGCGAGAUUAAAGGAUUGGACGAGAGGGGCCAGGGAAGCAUUCUGAUAACAUAUGGUUCUGACUGGCAGGCCGAAAGGGCGAUCAAAAACUUGGAUAAAGCCCGAAUUGAUGGAAGAAUGAUCGACGCAAGGCUCUUCUUUUAAAUAUAUCUACUUUUAGGAGUACAUUCAUCAUUUUGGAGUCGAUGUUUUAUUUUUUGACUAGCGUGCAUUUAUUUGUAAUUUGUUUCGUGAAACCUUGUAAUGCAAUGAAAUGUAGUAGAGCUUACAAUUUUCUUGUUCAGUAUCAUUCAUGGUGGUGUUAACAGUAAACAGCUGGAAGUAGAGAUUUUUGUAAGAAUAUACUUGUUUUUUUAUUAGGGAAAUUGUCGACUAAAAUCUUAUUCCAAAUGGUGUAUUCCUUUUUAUUCCAAUUAUUUCAUAGGUUUUUUUGACUAUCGGAAAUUAUGGAAAAUAAAACUUAAAUAUACAAGGUGUCCGCAAAGUUGGGGUUUUCCUUUUCAGAAACAACUACCCUUGAAAUAACAAAGGUAAUGUGUAGUGAAACGAGGGCGACCAAGUAAAAAAAAUAAAGGAAAAGUAUGACCAUCGUGCGGAAACUACAUUGAUUGUCUUACACUUAAUGGCACAUCUUCUAACAAGGAAGGCAAAAUGUUGCGUAAAAAGUCUAGGUAUUGCAUCCCGUCCAAUCGAUUUGGGAGAAUAAAUGGUCCAAUGAGCAUACCGUUCACCAUGCCGGCCCAAACAUUCACCGAAAAUGUGCCCGACGGACAGCGUACGGAUUUUCUACUGACCAAACAUGAGUGUUGCGAAAGUUAUUCACCCCAUUAGUUUUUGAUACUUGCACUUCUCUAGCCACGUCUCUAGUGCUUGUUGUUUUUUGAAACGCAAUCGAAUAUACGGGUUCGUUUACCUCUACACGCGUGACCGUAACCGUCGGUUGAAGGUUGCAUACUGACC